AUGGCAGAUUUUGGGUACUUCAAGGAUUUGCUAGAGAUUCUUUUUCGGCUUCUAGAAGGAGCUGACGCUCGAAAAAGGGCUCGAAAAGCUGGAGGCAGGAGCAGAGAGAUGGAACAGGGCAUGCGAAGGGGCAAGGGCAGGGGACGUUAUGGUGGGAGGUAUUUUGGGGGUUUGGGACGUUCAAGAGAGGGUGGCAUUGGCAUCGGUGGCCAUGAAAUUGUACAAGGAGAAGUUCUUAAAGCACGACAGGGACAAAUUCGAGGAAUAUCUAACGAAAGUGAGGGCAGGGAAGGCAGAAAUUGCUGCAGGAGCAUUGCUGCCUCAUCAGAUAAUUCAUCACUAUUUCAUGCUAAUGGGGAUGAAGUUGCAGAGCUUCAAUGGAGGAGAAUGGUGGAGGACAUGGCCAUAAAGGGGAAACUGAAUAACUGUCUAGCAAUUAGUGAUGUUUCAGGGAGCAUGAUAGGGAUUCCGAUGGAGGUGUCUGUGGCUCUUGGUAUAUUAGUAUCGGAACUGAGUGAAGAGCCAUGGAAAAGAAAACUUAUCAAAUUCAGCGCUAACCCAGUGUUGCCGAGAGUCAAAGGAGACAGUUUGGCAGCAAAGACCAGGUUUGUAAGGAGAAUGGAGUGGGCUAUGAACACGAAAUUUCAGAAAGUGUUUGAUCUUAUAUUACAAGUGGCUGUGAACAGAAAACUGAAAGAAGACGAGAUGAUUAAAAGGUUGUUCGUGUUCAGUGACAUGGAAUUCAAUCAAGCUUCUGAAAGGCAUUGGGAAACAGAUUACCAAGAAGUUGUGAGAAAGUUCAGCAAGAAAGGGUACGGAAAUUGUGUGCCCGAAUUCAUGUUUUGGAAUUUAAGGGACUCGAAGAGUACGCCUGUCCCGAGGAUCCAGCCCGGGGUGGCACUUGUGAGUGGGUUUUCAAAGAAUUUGAUGACAUUGUUCUUGGAGAAUGGUGGAUUUCUCGACCUUGAGGUUGUUAUGGAAGCUACGAUUUCUGGUGAGGAGUAUGAGAAGUUAGUUGUUCUUGAUUGA